AUGGAGCAGGUCAACACCAGCCAACGCCUCGCACAUUUGCGAGAGCUGAUGAAGAAGAAUGAUGUUGAUAUCUACAUCGUUCCCUCAGAGGACAGUCAUCAGUCCGAAUACAUAGCUCCCUGCGAUGCCCGAAGAGAGUUCAUAUCCGGCUUCACUGGUUCGGCAGGAUGUGCCGUCGUCACCCUUGAACGUGCCUCGCUAGCUACGGACGGUCGAUACUUCAAUCAGGCGGAGAAGCAACUGGACGAUAACUGGGAGUUGCUGAAACAAGGGUUGACAGAUGUUCCCACUUGGCAGGAAUGGACGGCCGAUCAAUCUGCCGGUGGAAAGACUGUGGGCGUGGAUCCGACCGUCAUCACUGCGCCCGACGCAAGGAAACUCUCUGAGAAGAUCAAGAAGAAGGGCGGAAAAGAUUUGGUUGGGAUCAAACAUAACCUGGUCGACCAGGUCUGGGGAGAGGAUCGUCCAGCGCGGCCGAAUGAGCCUGUCCGUGUCCUUGGUCUAGAAUUUGCUGGCAAGCCAUUCCAAGAGAAACUGGGGGAGCUUAGGAAGGAACUGGACAAGAAGAAGAGUGCUGGCUUCAUAGUCUCAAUGUUGGAUGAGAUUGCGUGGUUCUACAACUUGCGUGGCAGCGAUAUCCCUUAUAAUCCCGUCUUCUUCUCCUACGCUCUCGUGACUCCCACAAGCGCAACUCUUUACAUCGAUUCCAGCAAGAUCGACGACACAGUCAGGUCAACACUUGGCGAUCAGGUCGAGAUCCGGCCAUAUGAAGACAUCUUCAAGGAUGCUGAAGCCUUGGGUCAAACGAUCGACCCCAAGUCCUCUGAUGAAUCCGUUUCUGAACGUAAAUUUAUGGUCGCGUCUAGAACGUCAUGGGCAUUAAUUGAGGCGCUGGGUGGCGCGGAUAAAGUGCAGGAGGUCCGAAGUCCGAUCACUGAUGCCAAAGCUAUCAAGAACGAGACGGAGCUGAACGGCAUGAGAGCAUGUCACAUUCGAGAUGGUGCCGCUCUUACUGAAUAUUUCGCAUGGCUUGAAGAGCAACUUGUGGUCAAGGGCGCAAAGCUUGACGAAGUUCAAGCUGCUGACAAGCUCGAAGCAAUUCGAUCAAAACACCACAACUUUGUCGGCCUCUCUUUCGACACUAUUUCCUCUACCGGUCCUAAUGCCGCAGUCAUCCACUACUCUCCCGAGCGAGGCAAUUGCGACAUCAUAGAUCCUAAGGCUAUUUACCUCUGCGACUCGGGCGCCCAGUAUCUCGACGGCACUACCGACACCACUCGAACCCUGCACUUUGGCGAGCCUACCGAGAUGGAGCGAAAGGCCUACACGCUUGUCUUGAAGGGUAAUAUUGCUCUUGACCGAGCUGUUUUCCCUAAGGGUACUACGGGCUUUGCCCUAGACACCCUUGCCCGCCAGUUCCUUUGGGAAGAGGGUUUGGACUACCGUCAUGGCACUGGCCACGGCGUUGGUUCCUACCUGAACGUUCACGAGGGCCCCAUUGGCAUUGGCACUCGUGUGCAGUACUCGGAAGUCUCAAUCUCUGCUGGCAACGUCAUCUCUGACGAGCCCGGUUACUAUGAGGAUGGCAAGUUUGGCGUUCGCAUUGAGAACGUCGUUGCCGUCCGUGAAGCCUCUACCGAGCACCAAUUCGGAGACAAGCCUUACCUUUGCUUUGAGACUAUGACAAUGGUUCCCAUGUGCCGAAAGCUAAUUGAUGUUAGCCUCCUCACGGAUGUGGAGAAAAGCUGGCUGAACUUUUAUCAUGCUGCGGUGUAUGAAAAGACCAAGGGAUUUUUUGAGGGAGACGAGCGGACCUUGGCCUGGCUCGAGCGCGAGACCCAGCCCCGUGAACGCAGGCCGGGAGGCUACGGUGGCUUGGGCGACGAAAGCGCUGCUGAACUGCUGCCUCUGUCAGGAGCGCGCUCGCCGCAUUUGGAACCCACGGCAGCACUUUCGCCUAUGGAUCGGCCGGGGAGUAGCCGUGGUGGCUGGAACGAGUAUCGGAAUAAUGGCCAGACAAACGGAGUAAAUGGGACAGGUGCAUAUGGUGACGGGCCUGGGAGUAGGCAGAUUGAAGAUGUACUACAACAAAUUCAGCGCGACUGGAACUUCAUGACAAAAGAUGAUUGCUUGCCGGUGCAGGUGGCGCUUCAGCUGCUUGACACGAGCUCCUUAGGGCGUGCGCAUCAAUAUGACAAUUUUCAGCUCACACAUCAACAACUACAGAGUGCGCUAAAGGCAAUUGUCAAUGACCAUCACCAGGGAUUCAAUAGUUCUAUAGGAACCUUUCAUAAGAUCCAAUCUAGUAUACAGGCGUCACAGGGACGGAUACGAACGUUGAGAGAUUCAUUGGUACAAGCAAAGACAAAUCUCUCCUCAAGCAAGCCGGAGCUCAAGGAUCUGGCAACUUCGUCUCAGAAAUAUGAGGAAAUGCUGCAAGUGUUAGGGCGGAUAGAGCAGUUACAGCUGGUCCCAGAGAAACUGGAAGCUCGCAUCUCGGAGAAGCGCUUUCUUGCUGCAGUGGACGUUCUUCAAGAUGGCCUCCGUUUGAUCCGCCGUACGGAGAUGGAGAAUAUCAGGGCAUUAUCAGAUUUGAAGGUCUAUCUAAAUAAUCAACAUACAUCUCUCACCGAUAUAUUAGUUGAAGAGCUACAUAACCAUCUAUAUCUUAAAUCACCUUAUUGUCAAGACCGGUGGAGAAUUUAUGCAGAACACCAGGGAAAGACUACAGGAGAUGACCCAAGAAAUACGAGGCCAGUCUAUGUUUUCCUCGAUGCGGCAGAUAUUCUGAAGCCUAUGACUGAGGAUGCAUCCCGUAACCCCGAGGCUGACACGUUCUAUUAUAUUCACAUGAUCGUCGAUUCUCUGAACCGAAUGGGUCGCCUGGAUGUUGCCAUAGACCGCAUCAGUCAGAGACUUCCAGUUGAGUUAUUCAAGGUUGUUGACAAAACAAACAAGGAAGUUGAUCAGAGACAUCCAAGCACACUUCGUGGGCAUGCAGAAAAUGACCAGGCCAGGCUCGAGGUUGUAACCAGCAAGAACGACGUAAGGGCUACAAUCAUGAAUGAUUUCCUGUCAACUCUUUACGCCAAGUUUGAGGCCAUUGCCGAGGGUCAUCGUGCUGUCCACCAUGUUGUCAGUGGUAUUGUUUCGCGUGAAGGGAUCGCCAAGCCGGACCAUCUGAUGAGUAGUUUCAAGGAAUUGUGGAAACUGUAUCAAAGCGAGAUGCGUUCAAUCCUCCAUGAUUACCUUGCCACAGACAGUGAUGUGUCUUACUCUGCUGGUGCAGCACCUCUUGGUGGCAUAAGAUAUCCGCAUAGAAUUCAGCGUGACCGAUCAAAGCGGAUGUUUAAGCUCUCUGAUAUGGACAACCAGUCCACGCAACUGACAACAGAGCAAGAGGAUCUAGAGCAGAUUCUGAAAUCCUCUGUGCCUGGACUUGUGUCAGAUUCCCGACGACCAGCUGGCGCAAGUAGUAACGAGGCGAAUGGACAACACGAAGGAGGAGCUACCGGGCACAAACUUCUAAUUGAACCCAGUGUCUUCAAUAUGGGAAUCCUUCUUCCUCCGUCUCUUGCAUUUCUCCAGCGGCUCAAGGACGUUGUUCCUCCUGACUCUGACAUUGUCCUGAGUACUCUGACUUCUUUCCUUGACGAUUUCCUCGUAAAUGUAUUCCAUCCUCAGCUCGACGAAAGCUUGAUGGAUCUGUGCACUCGCACUUUUAUCGAGCUUGAUGCUUUCCAACAAGAUCCCGGAUGGGCAAACCAUGCCAAAUCUCCCAUUCUCAAGGGAACAACGGCAUUCUUCAAUCUCAUCAGUGCAUUCUGCAAGAUGCUGGAUAAUAUACCCCACGAUCAGGCCUUUACUCAACUCAUCAUUACCCAGAUGGUGACUUAUUACGACAAGUGCUGCGGCUGGUACAAAGCGUUGGUUACAAAGUCCCCUUCCCAAUUACAGGAAGGCAGCUCGCGAUUACGCGCCGCCGCGGCGAUUACGGAACCCGGAGAACUCAGGGACAUACUCACAAGGUUGUGGGAUACUGUUGACGGUGAUGAGAGUAGGAAGGAGGAGCUUAUACAAAAGGAAAUCGAGGAUCUGCUCAGACGAAACAAGGAUGCGCCUUUGGAUGCAGUAGAUAUUAUAGGAGAUAACAAGACUAUUGGAUAUCUCUGCAUGCUGUAUACUAGCAUGGAGUGGCUCGCAGCCAGAGUUGGUCGCCUCCGGCAUAUCAGUGACCGCUCCAACGAUUCAACACGCAGAGAGCCCGGAAAGCCGGGCCGUCCACGGCGCUGGACUCUACUUAAUUCGCCACGGCCACAGGGCGAUGAAACGAAGACUUACCUCCCAAUGACUCAAGAGAGCGCUGUAACAUUCGACGGCGUGGUCAACUCCUACAGAGAAUUAGCCACUACGGCGCUAUUCACACUCCAUCUUGAAAUCCGAUGCCAAGCGAUACAGAAACUCUCACAAGUGUUCCAAAAUACGCAUAAGCUCGAACAAGCGGUCAACGAGGCAGACCCGACGAUAAUAGCCCUCAACUCAAACCUGGUUACAUUUGAUGAGACAAUUUCAACCUACGUCGGGAAACGAGAACAUCAAUUCAUAACCAAUUCUCUCGGUCGACUGCUCGAUACCCUACUCAUCCACAGCCCUACUCGCAUUCCCGUGAUGAACAUGCAUGGCUGUGAGCGGAUGCAGCUCAACAUUCUCGUCCUGCAGCAGAAUCUCAAAAACAUUGAAACCGAAGACGAUGUUAGUCUGGCACGUAGCUCGCGCUUUUUCGACCUCUUUGUCGAUGGUCCCGACGCAAUCGUCGAGCGCGCGAGGAAGGCAUCUGCAUCUGCUAGCUCUAAGGGUCCAAAUAAAGACCAAAAUCAAGAGCAGAAUCCAGGCCUCGAGUUCACGUAUGAUGAACUCAAAGCCUUGGUGGAACUUUGCUACUCUGAAGGUCUCACAUCUGAGCGCAGAGAGGCAAGCAUGCAGGCAAAGAGGAAGCUGAAUGACUGUUUACUUGGCCUGAGUGAACAUUUGUGGCAGACUUGA